AUGGCAAUCAUUGAAAUCGUCAAGAAUCAACUGCUACCGACCGGAAAGACGCUGCUCCAAAUGCGGCAUAUCCCCGUGCGUCUUCCAAACAUGUUCGUGCUGUUCCUGUCGGAAAGCCCAGCAGUCAAUCCAUUCUAUGAGACGAUAAGAAAAGAUUCGGAAACAUGGAUGGCAAACAAAUGCUUGUUCAAUGGGAGGUCCUGGAAGAUUCUAUCCAAGACUGAUUUCUCAUACUUCUGCUCCAUUUCAGCGCCACAUGCCUCGCCUGAAAGACUUCGAACUGUUUGUGACUGGGGAAACUGGGUGUUCCCUUUUGAUGAUCAAUUCGACAACGGUGGAUUAAAAGAUGAUCCUGAGCGCGCCCAAGAGUUGAUAAAUAGACUUCUGGCUCCUAUGGAAGACCAUGGCGAAUGUCUGCAGAACAACACCGAGGAUCCUCUCGUCGCAGUCCACACGUCGGUGUGGGAUCGCAUUGUGAAAGACUCACCAGAAGGCGUUCAACGGCGAUUCGCAAGUGCGAUGCAGAACUACUGCGCCGGAACUCUAGAGCAAGUGUAUAGUCGCUCCAAGGGACAGAUCCCCACACUCGAGGAGAUGCUCGAUCUGCGCAGGAAGUCAGCGGGCGUUGCGCCACUCUUUGCUCUUAUUGAGUACGCGCACCAGCUCGACAUCCCAGACGCGGUAUUCUCAACAAGUAGUAUUCGGGAAAUCGAACGGAUCGGCAUUGAUCUAGUACUUUUACAAAACGACCUCCUUUCUUACUGCAAGGAAGAGAAAGAAGACGUCACCCACAACGUAGUCGCCAUAUGUCGCCAAUCCGGCAUGUCCGCACAAGCAGCCUUCGACCACAUUGGUGAGAUGCUAACCAGCUGCUACCGGGACUGGUAUCUCGCACUGGCCGAAUUGCCAAGUUGGGGUGAGGCAGUAGACGCACCAAUUCAGGGGUAUAUACGGGGUGUGCAGAAUGUUGUGCAGGCGAAUUUGCAUUGGAGCUUUCGGUCUGGAAGGUAUUUUGGACGAGAGAAUGAGAGAGUUCGCACGACUGGUGUUGUGCAUGUGAGGCCGAAGAGUGCUGAUUUGAUUAGGAAUAUGAUUUGA